AUGUUCAAUCGUCGACCAUUACCGCAGUGUCACACCUCCUCUAGCUACUUCUAUCCUAGAGCCUUGCGUGUGGCUAUGUUUGCUGAUGGAGCAGCUGCAGAUGAGGCUAGAGCUGCAGGAGCUGAUUUGUUGGGUGGUGAUGAUCUUAUUGAAGGAAUAAAAAACACCGACUGUGCAUCCACCAAACACAGAAGGUGGCCGGAAGAUGUAGCAUGGCAUCCACAUGGCGGCAGCCUAUUUUCUGUCUACACUGCUGAUGGUGGCGACCCUCAAAUAUCAGUCCUCAACCUGAAUAAACCAAAAGAGAAAAAUUGUGUAACUUUCCUUGAAGAUAAACCACAUGCGAAGGGCAUCAUCAACACCAUAUCAUUCAUGCCAUGGGAAGAUACUUGUUUUGUAACUGGUGGAAGUGAUCAUGUUGUGGUUCAAUGGAGUGAUAAAAACGGGGAUGAUUCUUGGAAACCAAAAGUGUGUUGGGUUAAUCUUGAUGCAGUUUCAAGUCAGAUUUAUAGCAGUAGAGAGGGCCUGAUUUCCAACAAAGUGUUGCACAAAAGUAUGCAUUCUUCAGCUAGUAUGGGAGUUUCAGGGAUGCAACAAAAACAGAUGGUGGUUUCUGUAGGUGCUGAUAAAAGGAUAAUUGGAUUCGAUUUACAAACUGGAAGAGCGGAUUACAAGCAUCAGAUUGAAAGCAAAUGUAUGAGUGUCUACCAAAUCCUUGUGACUUCAAUCUUUCCAUGGUUCAAACCAGAGGCACAUCAGAUUGUUUGA